AGACCCAUUUUCCCUCUCUUUCUCGCUCUCUCGCUCUCUCUCUCUCUCUCUCCGGCGAUAACACGGGGAUUUCUGUUCAUUGCUAGCGCCACUGUCUUCUUGUCGUCUUCUCGCCGCCAUCUGCUCGCCGAUUUUGAGCCUAGACUGGUCUUCUGGGAUUGAAAGUAUGAAAUGCAUCGGACAUGUAGACCUUACACUUGAUGGAUUUGCGGAUAUGGUUCUAUUACCAAGUACUGCAUAUCUACGACAAUAAUUGCUUGUCUGCCUUAAUUUCUCAAAAAGAGAAAAAGGCUUCUGCAGUUGCAUUGCAGUAUCAUAUGAGCAUACCCACUCUUGAUCCAUACAUGACUGUGGCGAAUUAUGGUCUGGUUUCUAGAGAUGGGAAGUUCUCAAAGGUUCUGUCUGAGGCUGCCUCAGCUGCAAAACUUUAUGCAGCACACACUCCAGAUAUGGGAGGUACAAAGUGGCCUCUAACUGGUGGUGUUCCUAGUCAGCUUCUUGACUCUGAAGAUUAUCACAUUGAGAGAUUAUACAUAGCAGGUUACAAAGAUGGAUCUGUUCGAGUAUGGGAUUGCACAUAUCCGGUCUUGUCACUUAUUUAUCUUUUAGGAGCUGAGGUGAAUGGCAUCAAUAUUUCUGGUACAAGUGCAUCAAUAUCAGCAUUGGAUUUCUGCUCUGAAACUUUAAGUCUUGCCAUUGGCAAUGAAUAUGGUCUGGUUCUCCUUUACAAACUAAUGCGUAGUUCAGAUGAUACGAUUUUGUACUUCAUGACAGAAACUGAAAAUGAAGGUUUGGCUUACUGUACACAGCUGUCUUUGUAUCCCUUUCAAAUGUCAGGAUUGAACCAAGAUAUCAAGAAAUAUAGAGCAAAAACAUUUCAGAAGCUGUCAAAUAUUGAUAGAAUCAAAGUUAAACCCAUAUAGAAAAAAUUUCACUUGUAAAUUUAUAUUCCAUUGUGAUAUGUUGGAUGGUUUUAUGUAAAAAUUAAAACAAUGGCAGUGCAGUGGUGAAUUUCAAAUAUGUACUUUGAGGUUAUAUGAAUGAUGUUUCAAGCAAAAACUGAAU